AUGUUUCCCGUGUGGGAUGAUGACGAACAGGAUCCAGAUAUUGUCAAGAUUGUCAAUGCACUCCAUGACCCCAAUUUCAAGUUCUCAAAAAACCAUUGGCUUUUGGAAGGUGUUUUGGGUGCACACAUCGUCAAGGCAGAAGCCGGAAAGAGGAGCCUUCCCUCAGAUGAAUCAAGUCGCAAGAGACCCUGCACAGCCUCUGCCUCUGCCGCAUCAUUCGUUGGUGAUGAAGGGGUCGGAGUUGUCGCUACUAUGAAAGCGCACUUCGACCAAUGCUUCAAAAGCUUUUCAACCAAGAUGCUGAAUGGUCUUGGUAGCUGUGAAAAUCAGAUCAAACGUCUCACCAAGAAGGUUGAAUCUGUAGAGCGUGCGGUAGAAGAGUUGACUACAGGGUCGGCGAAGCAUACUGAGGAAGAGGUUAAAGACAAUGUAGAGCCAACCCAGCAGCAGGGCACUGGAUCCAAGAAGCCUGAAGGGAGUAAUUCAGAUAAAGAUGAUGCUCCGAUGAAAGAUAAUGUCAACGUUGGUGCGUGUGAGAGUGUUAACGCCCUCGGGGAUGCAAAAAGAAAGAAGGCUGCCGUGAAGGAAGAAGAGGCCCCAGAGAUGAAGGAAGAAGAGGCCCCAAAGCCUAGAUUUUGUGAAAUUGACCCGAAGACGUGUGAUGUUGACUUUGACGCGGUUGCACUAGCCAAAAAUGCCAAAGCCAGAGAAGCGGCUCAGAUAGUUGCCCGAGCAACGAGUGCGAGACACCACCAGCUGGCUGCGACACAGAAGAAUCCGUUCUUAGGAAACAGCACCGCAAAGGCCAUCAUUCCAUCGUCGGCAUCUCACUCUGGCCGUGUCCGUAGAUAUGAUCCUUUUGAUCAAACCGGUGUCAACGUGAAGCAUAUCACUCUAAUGAAAUUUAUCAAAUCAAACCCUGCCUAUCCAAAACGCCCAAGACACUCUUCGAUCGAGUGGUAUUACAUUCUCCGGACACCGACGAAAUGGCUAGCUGAUACGCACAUGGAAGCUUACAUUAACCUACUCAGGCUGCGAUUAUCCAAGCAUCCGGAGUGGUUUGUAUCCGACCGGAUUUGCUUCCUCAACUCCAUGUUUGCUACCGUUUGGAGGCGUGACUACAAAGACUUCAAAAAUGACCCGAAUGCAGAUGGGUCUGGCAAACUUCUACCGCCUGGAGCAUAUUCGUACUACACUGGCGAAUUACAUAUCUACUGCCAGACUAAGAAGACGUGGGCAUAUGAUGUCGACUAUUUGUACUCCAUGUUGCACAUUAGGGAGGACCAUUGGGUAGCUAUAUGGGUCUCAUUUGUGUCGAGGCAUAUCACGAUAUGGGAUAGCCAUGCGAGAACCAAAUAUGCAUCUGACGAACAAAUUGCCGAAGCUGUGGAGCCUCUUGCGGUUAUGAUACCCUACCUUCUUCAGACCUGUGCACCUAACGAUGACAAGUGGAGAUUCCCCUACACGCCGUUCACCCAUUCGCGAGUACCAGGUACGGAGAUACCUCAAAACAUUCAGAGUGGUGAUUGCGGAGUGUACUGA